UUCACUGCUUCGAUAAGCUGUCAACAGUUGUAGCAGCUCAAACCCGUCUUUACAGCGAACAAGAAGAGCGUUCAACAAAAUUAGUUAACCUGUUCAAUUCUUAGAAUGCUAUAAAAGUGAAAAGAGCUACAUUAUUAACCUCGGAGAGGACUAAUGUUAGUCUUUAGCUAAUGCUAGCUGCCAAACAUCAACAGGAAGCAGCGGGCUAACUAAAUCCUCAUGUCUUGUACUUUGAGUUCUCCAGGCAUGAACUGUACCUUGGAGAACGUCUUGGCAGAUGCCAAAUCAUUAGUGGAAAGGCUUCGUAACCAUGACAAUGCUGCUGAGAUGUUAAUCGAACAGACGACAUCCCUCAAUAAGCGAGUGGAGGCCAUGAAACAGUACCAGGAAGAGAUUGAUGCACUGAACCAAGUUGCGCGACAUCGGCCUCGAUCCAGUCUGGUACUUGGAAUCCAACAGGAAAAUCGUCAAAUCAGAGAGCUCCAGCAGGAAAAUAAAGAACUACGGACAUCGUUGGAAGAACAUCAGUCUGCAUUAGAGCUCAUCAUGACCAAAUACAGGGAGCAGGUCUUCAGGCUCCUUAUGACCAGCAAGAGGGAAGACCCCACUAUUGUAAGCCAGCUGAAGGAGCAGCACACCACGGAAAUGCAAGCACACAUAGACAAGAUCAAUGAGAUGGCCUCUGUGAUGAGGAAGGCAAUAGAGGUGGACGAGGGGCGGAUAUGUGAAGAUGAGGAGAGGAUUAAACAGCUAGAGCUAGAGAACACUGGACUUCGCGAGCUGCUGGGAAUCAGUCGUGAGGCUUUCCUUGUUCUGAAGAGAGAAGACGCUUCGGAGAGCACAUCUCUGUCACCGUUGCUGACCAGCGCCGAUGUCAGCUUAAGGAAAAGUUAGAGCCCAGAUCACUGCCCAGCCCCCUUCCCCAUCCAUCUGCUGCCACUAUUGGGUACAGUUAUGUACAUUCUGUUGCCACAAACCACUUCUCCUUUUCCAUAAAGACUCUACAACAAAGAUCUUCCCCAUUCCCUGACUGCAUAAUACUGCAUUAUGCUACAGUGUUGCAUUCCUGUCUGGUGAUUCAGAUAGAUGCAGUGUGCACACGUUUUUCUUUCUUUCUUUUUUUUUAAAUUAUUGUUGGUACUUGUGUUUGCUUGUUUUGCCAGCAUGCAUGAAACUGUGGUGCCUGCAAAGUGUGAAUGAGUAAAAGAAGGGCUUGAGGUAAAAUAAAUCCAUAAACAUAAAA